CCAUCGAUGAUUUUGCAGCACUAACUCAAAGUUAAAGCAGAAAUAAAAAAAAACACAAUAAAUAUACCUCACGAUAAGAAUUAAAAGGCAGUUACUUAAAAGUGCACAAUCACGUCGGUCCCAAAGCUAACUGGUUUCUUUUUAAGACGCGGCUACGCGGAUUUUAUUAACACAUUGAAAAAAUCUAAAAUUAUGGUGGUCACACACAAUGUCAAGGGAUACGAAGAGUUCUCCAAGAAAAUGGAGGAACUGGAGGGCAAUGGCAACGGCUCGGUUCAUGUCCUAUUCAGUGGUGGCAAGGAUGAGAAUGGUUUAAGCUGGUGUCCUUAUUGUGUUAAAGCCGAGCCGGUGAUACAUGAUGCCCUCCAAAAGGCCCCCCAAAAUUCUCAUUUUGUGCAUGUGGAUGUGGGCGAACGCGCCUUCUGGAAGGACUUGAAUUGUCCAUUCCGUAAGGAUCCCAACACACAUUUGAUUUUCUUGCCGACUCUUUUGCGCUGGAAAUCACCUCAACGUUUGGAUGGCGAACGCUGCUCGAACAAGGAUCUUGUGGAAAUGAUGUUUGAGGAUGAAGAUUAGUUGCCCUCUCCCCCAAAACAUCCAGAUGUUAGGAAUAUAAUAAUUUUUUGGAAAUUUUAUUUUAUCGAUUAAAAAUGCGUCGUGUGAACAUGUUUCAAUAA